AUGUCCAUUGAACUAAAUUGGGAAGCUCUGACCACCGGUCCGGAUGGAGUUGCCUUGGCUGAUACGAUCCGGGAUUUUGUUCACGAAAAGUUCCAGACGGUGACAUUGCCUCGUUUUAUCAAAGGCGUCAAGGUUCAUGCUUUUGACUUUGGCAAAGUGGCACCAGAGAUUGAGAUCAAGGACAUAUGUGACCCCCUGCCCGACUUUUAUGAGGAGACGGAAGAUGAUGACCAGGAAGAAGGGGAAGGUAGCGAUGAAGGGUGGCAACCCAAAAGUGAACAGCAGGACAGUCUAAGGGAGAAGCGCAGACUAGACCGGUCGGAAAGGAAGAAUGAGCCCGUAAAUGUUCCCAAUUCUCCUUCAUAUAUCGACACAAGAUUAUCGGGAAUAAGAACAGGCCAGGCUCCCGGAGACCUAGGAAGCCCUUUCUUGGGCGUCAGUACACCUGGUAUUCCCGGAGGAACUUCGAACCUUGGCUACUUUCAUUCCCAGCUUGCCACUGGAUUAUCGGGAACGCAAACACCUCUCGCUGCUGUUGCUGGGGCACAUCUUCCCCACGGCUGGCCUGACUACACAAGAUUACCUUCUGCUGGUAGGGGACAUCGUCACACGCAUAGCGGAAGUUCUCCAUCCCCUUCACCCACAGUAGACGUGGCAUCCCAACUCCUCCGAGAGCGCGCAAGUGUUUCCACGUUAGCACCUUCAGCUUCCACAACCAGACCUCAGACUAGGGAUGGACCUAAAGAAGAAAGCAUUGAGGAAGAGGCCUCGUCGCCGCCCAGGAGAUUUCGAGAGCCCAGAGUCGAAGAUUUGCAGACGGUGUUCCGUGUUCGAUAUUCCGGCGAUAUCCGGCUAUCAUUGACAGCCGAAAUACUGCUAGACUAUCCUAUGCCUAGUUUUGUAGGCAUACCUGUCAAGCUGAACAUUACAGGCCUCUCAUUCGAUGGAGUUGCGGUUCUUGCAUACAUUCGGAAAAGGGCACACUUUUGUUUUCUUUCCCCAGAGGACGCAUACGCGGCAAUUGGAGCAGAGUCAGAAGACCGCCACCCCCAUUCCAAAGGUAUGAAAAUGGGUGGAUUGCUCCACGAAAUCAAGGUGGAAAGCGAAAUAGGGCAGAGAGAGAAUGGCAAGCAAGUUUUGAAGAACGUUGGUAAGGUGGAAAAAUUUGUGUUGGAACAAGUUCGACACAUCUUUGAGGAUGAAUUUGUAUACCCUAGUUUCUGGACAUUCUUAGUCUAG